CGUUGACCUUUAUAUAAUCCCUUCUCUGCUGCUGUCACCUUGCUCUUCUUCUCUUGCUGCAUAUACCGCUCAUCCCAUUCACCUCGACGAGCAUACACCCCGAUCAAACCGGUGUUACGAGUCGGAUCAGUCAUUUUUUGGUAGCAUUCAGUCAGCAAGAACACCUCUCGUCACCUGUUAGCUUUUGAGCGAUACCCUUUGCAACCUUUCGAAUCGCAUUUAUCUCACCAACAAUGGCAAAAACACCAACCACCAAACGAGCACUUUGCCUCACCAUCCCCUUCCUCUGCACCCUCCUUGCCUUCAUCUUCACCCUGCUCAUCAUCAUCGGCAACCUCUCCCCAGCGCCCGUCCUCCGCAACCUCUACUUCGCCCGCGUAAACACCACAAACAUCGUACCCUCCUCAACCCCCAACGCCGCAGUCGCAAACACAAUCGCCCAGGCACUCGGACUCCACGAUUUCUAUCAAGUGGGGUUAUGGAAUUACUGUGAGGGGUACUAUGACAAUGGUAUCAAUAUUACGAGUUGUUCGAAGAGGGAGGCGGCGUAUGCGUUUGAUCCGGUGGAGAUUAUUGAGAGUGAGUUGUUGAUUGGGGCGAGUGUGGCUAUCCCAACCUCCAUCACCUCCGAUAUCGCGCGUGUUCGGAUUGCGUCACGGUGGAUCUUUGGAUUGUACAUGACCGGGGUCUGCCUGUCGUUUGUCACCCUCCUCAUCAUGUGUAUCGGUGCCCUCGGCCGUCGUUGGGCAGUCCUCCCCGUCAUUACUGGUUUCCUAGCCUGGCUCAUGACCACCGCAGCCAGCGUCGUUGCAACCGUCCUCUGGAAAAUCGUACAAAACGUCUUCAAUAACGCAACAGAAGUGAACGUCAUCGUCUCACUCUCAACAGAGAUGCUAGCAAUGGAAUGGCUUGCCGUCGCAUUCUCCACCAUCGCACUCCUCUUCCUGCUCAUCUCACUUUGUACACCCAAGGGCCGGAAAACGGUGGAGAAACAACGCAUGCUCGAGGAAGAAAAGUGGGCGGCGUCGAACCCGAGUCCUCCGCCUAACAUGAUCGUCAACAAUGGUGGGUUCACGCCAGUCGAGCGCGCAAGCGGCGUCUUCACUCCCGUUCAACCAUAUAUCCCAGUCCAACAGCAGCAAUUCGACUACAAUCACCCUCAUGCGCCCAAUCCGGUCAGUAUGCUGCGUCAGGAGGGGUAUGAGAGGAAUGUGCCAGAGCCGUUGCCGCAGUAUCAAUAUCCGAAGUAUUCGAACGGGUAUGGGUAUGAGAGUUCGCGGAAUUCGAGUUCGGGGAGGAAUGUGACGGUGUGA